AAAAUAAAAAUAAAAAUUCAAGUAUUAUUUCUUCUCAGUAUGGGCAAUCGAGUGGAGAAUUGAGAUCUCGAACACUCUGUUUGUUACUCCCGAUCCAAAUUGAAACCCUAGAAUUCUUGAACGGUAAAGAAAUUGGAGAUUCAGAAACUCACUCUAAAUACAACCAAUUGAUAGAAGAAUGGGCAAGCAAUCAAGCGCGUUGAUUACAAUGCCGAAGAAGAGAUGGCCACUGAUGAUUCUUUUACUCUUAUCUCUGUCAACAGCCAUGGUCUUCCUCAUAAGAUCCACAUCCAAAACAUGCAAUGUUACUAUUAAUACUCGUACUACAUCUACCACUAAAACUAGUGAUACUGCUACACAUUUCAGUGGCGAACAAGACCAAACAACAAAUCCUCUAAAUUUCAUGAAGUCAAAGCUCGUUCUCUUGGUCUCCCACGAACUUUCUCUUUCAGGUGGGCCACUGUUGUUGAUGGAAUUGGCAUUUCUGUUACGGGGAGUUGGGGCGGAAGUUGUUUGGAUAACUAACCAGAAGCCAUCGGAACCUGAUGUAGUUAUUUACAGUUUAGAACACAAAAUGCUGGACCGUGGUGUUCAGGUCCUCUCUGCGAAGGGUAAAAAAGCUAUAGAUACAGCUCUUAAAGCUGAUUUGGUGGUUUUAAAUACGGCUGUGGCUGGAAAGUGGUUGGAUGCUGUUCUUAAGGAAAAAGUGUCUCAAGUUCUUCCAAAGGUUCUGUGGUGGAUUCAUGAAAUGCGAGGGCAUUAUUUCAAUCUAGAGUAUGUUAAGCACCUACCUUUUGUCGCAGGUGCCAUGAUUGAUUCACAUACAACAGCAGAAUACUGGAAGAAUAGGACUCGAGAGCGUUUAGGGAUUAGAAUGCCUGAAACGUAUGUUGUACACCUUGGAAAUAGUAAGGAUAUGAUGGAAGUAGCUCAAGAUAGUAUUGCCAAAAGGGUUCUCCGUGAGCAUGUGCGGGAAUCUCUUGGAGUUCGGGAUGAAGAUCUACUCUUUGCCAUCAUAAAUAGUGUUUCACGAGGUAAAGGUCAAGAUUUAUUUCUUCGCUCCUUUUAUGAAAGUCUGCAAUUGAUCCAAGAGAAGAAACUACAGGUGCCAUCAAUGCAUGCGGUAGUAGUAGGCAGUGACAUGAAUGCUCAGACAAAGUUUGAAACAGAGCUGCGCAGCUUUGUCAUAGAAAAAAAAAUUCAAAAUCGUGUUCACUUCGUCAAUAAAACCCUGACUGUAGCUCCGUAUCUGGCUUCUAUUGAUGUUCUUGUUCAGAACUCUCAGGCCCGGGGAGAGUGCUUUGGUAGGAUAACCAUUGAAGCAAUGGCUUUUCAGCUGCCCAUAUUGGGAACUGCGGCCGGAGGCACUAUGGAGAUUGUAGUGAACGGAACAACGGGCUUCUUACAUCCAGCUGGUAAAGAAGGUGUGACUCCUCUUGCAAAUAACAUAGUGAAAUUAGCCACACAUGUAGAAAAGAGGCUGACAAUGGGAAAGAAAGGAUACGAGAGGGUGAAAGAGAGGUUCUUGGAACACCACAUGUCGCAGAGAAUUGCUUUUGUACUGAAGGAAGUGCUGCAAUAUGCAAAGACCCACUCUCAUACUUAACUUUUUUCUGGAACUUUAGCAUUUAGUUUGAGUUGUUUAAGUCAGCUGAAAGUCACACCGACAAUUUCUUGUGUAAAAUAUGUAGCGGGAAUUUCGUACAGAAAGCAUUGAGUUCUUAUAAGGUUAUAAUUCUUUGUACAUGUAGGGAAAUUUCGUACAGAAACAUUGAGUAAUCCUUAUGUACACUAGUCAUUUUGCCUCCACUGUUUUCAUGAUACCUGGACUAGAAUCUACAAUUCUUUUAUAGAAUUUCAG